GUGGUUGCUCCGAGGAUUGACAGCUGUACAAUUUACCCUUCGUUCGGUUUCACGAUCAGCUCUCUCUGCAGCCCUACUGCUUUUGCCGGCACGUAUGGGUCAAAGAUUCUGUAAACUAACCAGCUACUCACUCAAAUGCACGAAAAAUAGAUGUGUGGGAAAUAAAAAUGCCGUGGGAAGAAGUGAAAUGGAGCAAGGAUAUUUGUGCAGGAAGAACAGGAUGCGGGAGCUUACCUCACCGGCCCGCGAUAUUUCGUCAGCUUUUAACCAAUUGAUCAUCGAGUUGUUUUUGAAACACAGUCUUUAGAACUCAACAGAAAAGUGAACUGAGAGUUACACAUAUAGGACUAUGAAGGAUUUAGAAGAAUCAGAACCCCCGCCGUUGAUAACUCGUCGAAGCCGAAGGCGAUACAGGAUUAAUUUGUCUCGACAUGUUUACAAUGAACGAGAAUUUACUGAGUCGUUUAUCAACCAAGAGGAAUACACAACGAGUUCUGAGUUUGAACCCUCAUCCCUUGCAAAAACAUUGAGGCGAAAUUUCUUACCAUCUAGAUGUACGUGUAAAGAUAUUUUGCAAUCAUGGUUUCCCAUUGUGGAAUGGCUACCGGCCUAUAAUGUUCGCCGUGACUUGGCGCACGACAUAGCAGGGGGUUUAACCGUGGCGAUUAUGCAUAUUCCUCAAGGUUAGAGAAGUGAUGUGCAAACAGGAUUAAAUAUUCUUUUAAAAAAGAACCAUUUAGUGUUUAUUUUCAACAAACAAUUGGUAAAUUUUGGCGAGCUUUCAGCGCAAAUCACUACUUCAUUAUGAAUGCAGUUCAUGGAUGAAGAUCUCUAACGAUAGCGAAAACAAUAGACUAUCUUUGGGGACUACGGCACUGUUGUAGACUAAUAUAGGGUUAUAUGGAAAUUUUCCUACAUUUUUUGUAUGGAGACCACCGAUCAAGACAAUUGUUUCCCCCCUACAGUACAGUGCUCCCUCUGCCUGUAUGAGAAUGAAUGCACCCUCCCCCAUGUCAUGACUCCAUUGAGGAUGACCUACAUACGAAACUUGUAUUGCACUAAGCCACCCCCAUAUGAAGUUAACACCCUGUAUACAGAAGACAUUAUAUCAAGUUGUACAUGUAAAUUGUCUCUCCCAGUAAUUCACUUGAAAAUGCAGUCCUUAGUAAACCCCCCUUUUGGUAGCAUUUCUGACUUGAAACCUUAGUUAAGCUGACAGUGCAUUAAAAAAUUAGGAUUUCUCUUUUGCCUGGCUACAGUUGAAGAUAACAUGCUUUUAUUAAAAUUUUUUUUCUGCUUAUUAAUUGUCAUGCUAUCUUUCCAAAACAGCCAGGUAAUGGAAAGUUUCCCUCUCUCUUUGUUCCAUUGAAGUUGAAGAAUAAAAUCAGUGGCUAAUUCGUUCAAUUUACUGAACCUGUAUCAAUCCUUGAACUCCCUGAAGUGAUGAACUGAAAUUUUUUUUUCUCUUAAAAAGCCACUUGUUAGAGGACACACACACACACAGCAACUCUCAAAUGAAUAUAAUUGCAGUUGUCUUGUUGCUAUGUUUGUUGCAGGUCUGGCGUAUGCAUUACUAGCAUCACUUCCAGCUGUUACAGGACUUUACACAGCUUUUGUUCCUAUUCUUGUUUAUAUGGCCAUGGGGACCUCCAGACAUAUAUCUUUAGGUAAAAUACUCAAUAUAGACUCAAAACGUGUCAAUUUGAAUGAUGUCAAAAUUUUAAAAGAACAAAAACAGACAUAUUACUGCAAAUUCUCAGUAAACACUUAAUACCAAAAUGUAAGUACAUGUGCCUCUCCAGUUAAUUGUCAAAGAAUAAUUGAUGUGGAAAUUUAACCAACAUAAAGUGUUUAAUUUGUAUCAAAGUAGUCAAUUUUCUGUUACAAAUAUUCAUGUUAAUAGAAAGGCUCUGUAUAACAGGAAUAUCGAACUGAAUGGAGAAUAUAAAAAAAUUCCUAAAUUCAAAUUUUUCAUUUUUUUGAAAGUAAAAUUUAACUAAUGAUAAAUAUAAUUUUACAAAUGUUGAUUGUUUUGAAAUUAGAAUCUAAAUCAUGAUUAUAGAGGAAUUAUUGAUCACUCUCUUUCUAGGAACAUUUGCUGUGGUUUGCCUCAUGGUUGGUCAUGUUGUUGACAGAGAAGUAGAACAAUCUUUGUCACCCACCCCAACAGCACCAGCUCCUACAAAUCGGCCUCUUGAUGGCUCAGUUAAUGAAGUAUUACGGAAUUCAAUUUAUAAACAAGAGUCCAAUGGCAGUUCAUCAAAUGAACAGGACUUGCUGGAUGAAAAGAAGUUAGAGGUUGCUGUAGCACUGUCAAUGCUUGUUGGUCUUCUACAGGUGGGUUCCCUGUGAACAGAUUACUACAGCUUGUUUGUUAUUGAGAGUUAUAACUCACCCAUUCAUUUUUGUGGGAUUUUAUCAGCUAUUUUACAUCAUGUGAUUAAAAUCAUUGGACCCUUUUUUUGUAAUAUGGAAAUCUAAGGGAGGGUUAUUAAUUAAAUAAACCCCUUUCUAGCUUGCUGGUGUGUCGGCUGACAAAUGAAUGUCCUUGGCAGAGAGAUUGUUUUCAAAAUUUUACAUUUUCCCUGACAGCUUCACUUCUCAAACAAAUAUUCAAUUUUUGGACAGUCUCUAAGCCACAGAUACCAACAGUCAACAUACUAGCAGCCUAAUAAGGGGUUUAUUUACUAGUAAAUUUGUUCUCUUGAGACUUCAUAAGACUUUAUUUAAAAUGUUUAGUACUCUCACUUAACAACUUGUUUCAGGUAUACUAGUACUAGUAAAUUGCAAUAAAAUUACAAUAAAAACAUUACAAUAAAAAUGUACAGUUAUGUUCUUACUAAGAGACGUGUGGAUUUCAAUUUUUUGUCUGAAUUUUUUUAGAGGUUUUAAUGUUUCUCUUCACAUCCGGUUAAAAGUUUCAUAGCUUCAGUGUGCAAAAUCUUCAGGAUUUAAGUCCAUAAGUUGUUGAAUUGGCCUUUGACUGGUCCAGUUUUAUUUGAUAUAUUUACUUUGCAGCUUUUAAUGGGUCUGUUGAAGCUUGGUUUUGUUGCUGUGUAUUUAUCUGAUCCUAUCAUUAGUGGUUUCACAACUGGUGCAGCAAUUCUGGUUUUCACAAGUCAGGUGAAACACAUCCUUGGAUUGGAGGUUCCACGAUACUCUGGAGCAUUUGCUGUAGUAAAGGUUUGCAUUCAGCUCAAGCAUGUAUUUGGUUUUUUAAUCUGUUUUUCACCAUUGGAAGAUGUCAACCGACAUUGAAUGAAUUCAUUAUUGUUCAGUGAGGUACAACAAUGUAAAUUUUAAACUACUUGGUUGGUUGAGAUAUCCACUCGGCUGACUAGCACCAGAAAGUCAUCUUCAUCUCAUGAUUUUAUCUGUGGAGGGCGCUGGUUGUAUUAGUUUGUAACUGAAUGGGACAAACAUUACAAGAAGACAAGUGCUCAAAAGAAGACUGUCUUUUAAUACCAACCCUGUUGAUGGUUUUGUUGGAAUAAAUUUGUAUGUGCUUUCCCAAAUGACUUUAAUGGAAAUGUUAGGCUUAUUAAUUACUUUUCUUAUCACCUAAUAACUAGACAUAAAUUAGUACUUGAUAACCCUCGUUACUUUUUCAUGUUGGGAAAUAUUCUCUGGAAGGCAAUUUGUAACAAGAUCUUUGAUUACUGUACACACAGGAUUAACUUGACAAUUGUUUAUUUUUGUUCACUUGUUUUUCUGAAGUUUUAUUUUCUUUGUAUUUUUCUUUCAGACCUACAUAUUCAUGUUCAAGAAUAUUACUCUUGCUGUACCAGGAUCAGUCAUCACUGGAGUUGUCUGUAUCCUUGUCCUCAUAGCACUGAAAUAUAUCAGCGAGAAGCUGAAGCACAGAAUGAAAUUUCCUAUACCAGCUGAGUUAAUAGUGGUGAGUGACUGAACCCUCUAGACCCCAAUAUCAGUUUGCUUAUUCUCCAUACUGUUCUCUAUACAUUCCUUAAGUCAUGGACAAAGUGAAUUUGUGUUUCAAUCAAGAACUGCUUUAAUUGGUGCUCAUUUUCUCUGUUCUCACAAGUUUAAUAUUUGAGGGAUGAUAUUGUAAGGAGAAACUUGAUCUUGGUCCCUUCUAAGGGUUAAAGGGCUACCUUUGUUUUGAUCUGUGGUGUAACGAUGCCUCCCAUGAAGGGUUGCCAUGUUACUUUUGCUGUUAGUAACUUCCUUACACUUGAAUGUGCAUAUCAGGGGUACCUAUAAACCAAGAACAACAAAUACAUUUAUCAACUGGAAGCUGUUUUUCUCAGUUAGGGUGAACAUCUGGAACACUGCAAUAUUUACUUAGAGCUUUUUCUAUAUUGUUAGAAACCCUGAAAGAUUGAUUUAUCUGACAUGUAAAUCAUGUUGUUGGUCAUAGGUUGUCCUUGGAACAGUGGUGUCUUAUUUUGUUGGAUUGAAUGAAAAAUUUCAAGUUUCAGUUCUGCGUGACAUCCCUAAGGGGUAAGAGACAUUGAGGUACAGUCAUGUGAUUAUAGUGUAACUCUGUGAUCAUAGUGUAACUCUGUUAUCAGUUUGUGCAAAGGAACCAAGUCUUCACUAUAACUUCUCUUGUACAUAUCCUGUGCUCUGUACAUGUAAAUUCAUGGCAGGAUGUGUUUUGUUCUUCCUGUUAUAUAUGUAUAAUUGUAUACAUUGUACAUUGUAUGUAUACCUGAAACAAACAAAUAAAUAAAUAAACAAGAAACACCUCUUGGAUUGUAGACAUGUUUAACUUGACAGAUGUACUUUCCGUCUGAUACAUCUUUUUAAUUAACAAAUUGAUGAUACUGACAGCGAUUUUACCAUAAUGUUUUAUGGCCACUUAGAUUACGAGCACCAUCUGCUCCAUCCUUCAUGCUGAUGGGAAACAUGGUGACAGAUGCCAUCGUGAUUUCUAUUGUUAUAUUUGCCACAAACAUAUCUUUGGCCAAAACAUUUGCCAAAAGAAACAAUUAUGUGAUUGAUUCAAAUCAGGUUGGUAGAUACAAAUGUUUUUUGUUGGUUAAUGACUAACUGAUUUGGGAUGAUCAUAAAACUUAGUAUGGGUAAUAACAUGAUUUUUGAGUGCAAUUUGAUGUUAAUAAGCACAAGUAAAUUUUUCAAAGACAGCAAAUUAAAUUGCACAAACCCGUAUGGCAAGUGCAAUUUGUAAUUUUUGAAAAAUUUGCUAGUGCCAAAUUGCAAGAGAAGUCAUGUUAUUACUUGUUAACAAUGUAAAUGAAAAAAGCAUCACUGAAAGUCGAGAUGGGAGAAAUUUUGAAUGCUUGCAUGUGCUUUUUGUAAUUUGCACUCGCGUAACAACUUUGCACUCAUGUUACAUGAGAAUGCACUUGUUUUUAGCCAAUCAGAAACACGUAAUGUUUUUCAUGUACAUUAUUACAUAUUAAGUAAAUGUUUGUUUGUCUGUAGGAACUGAUUGCUUGUGGAUCUGCAAAUGUGCUGGGAUCCUUUUUUUCUUGUUUCCCUGUGAGUGGUUCACUUUCCAGGUCUGUGAUUCAAGAAAGCAUUGCAAGAACACAGGUAAAUAAAUACAAUGUACAAUUAUCAUAAUAAGUGAGUUCUACAAGCUUUGUUAUUGUCCUAUUGCCUUCUCCUUUUUGCCAAUUUGCUGACUUUCUUGCUUGAGUUGUUUAUUCCAAUUCAACUACUUACAAAUUAAAAGCUAAAUAUACAAGGUUACUAUUUUCUACUGUAGUCAGCCAUUCUUUGGCAUGUCUUGCAUUCAGGGUAAUGUUGUAUGAAAUCCAAAAGAUAACUGCAAUUAGUCAGCUCAACUUUAACACUUUAACUCCCAGAAGUGAUUAACAUGUAACUUCUCCCUAUAAUAUCCAUACAUUAUCCAGCAAACAGGUAAUGAGAAUACUUGAACUCAUCAGACACAAGAUAUUACCUUGAUCGAACACCAAAUUCAUGUUACCAAUAUACAAAGAAAUGUCUGGCAGGUAGAAGGGAGAAUUAACAUUCGGAUCUGGGAAGUUAAAUGGUUAAUGUGUGGCUAGUUAUUGGUCCAAGAAAAUGUUAUAGCACAUUAAUCACACUUGAGAAAGAAAGAACAUUUCCAGGGUCCUUAAUGAGGGCUUGAUUUUAUUUGUUGCAUAACUGUUGAAUUUCAGUGUGCAAAAAAUGACUGUCUCAUUAGAUUUGCCAGAAACUAAUAGACAAAGUGACACGCUUCAUGUGGUUUUUUUUUUUUUUUGUAGCUCUGCAGCAUCCCUGUUGUUGUAGUUAUUAUCUUGGUUUUACUUUUUAUUGCACCUCUCUUCUAUCACUUGCCAAAGGUUAGUUGACCCUGUACGCAGUGCACUCACAGUAUGGAAAAAUGUGCAAAGGUUUGCUCCAUUGAAAUGCCAUGUAACUGUAGAAUGUUCUGUGUAUUCCCAGUUUUCAAAGUGAUGUUGCUUGUUGCUCCAAGCCCCUUCCUCGCUAAGUUCUCUAUAUACAUAAAUGUGCAAAGCACACCACAAUAUUUAGUCUUGGCUCUUGGAGAGAGGGAGGGUGUGGAGGAAAAGAACAAGAAGUAAAAAGCUAGGGAACAAGAAGAGCAAGGAUGAGGACUGAGUCAACAUAAAGUUAUGUGAUGCCAGGUUCUACAGAUCAAACCCAGGUCACAGCGUUGGAAGCCCAAGCCCUCUCAGUGUUAUGACAUUUGUGCUUUCCUCCUCUGUGUUCCACUCCACCCUCAUUUUAUCCUUUGUGGAAAAUGUUGUAGAAUACGGAACAAUUUCUUUUUUUUUGUUUUUGUUUUUCUCUCACUUGUCAGGCAAUACUGGCUGCUGUGGUAGUUGUUGCACUCAAGGGGUUGUUCCGACAGUUUAAUAGACUAGUACAGCUGUGGAGAAUGUGUAAGCCUGAUGCUGUAAGUUUACUUAAAUUCUUGUUGUUCCAUUAAUAAUAAUGAUGAUUAAAAUAGUACAUAAUUUUAAUAUUGUUAUUCUUCUUGUUUAUAUUUCUAGUAUUAGUUUUAUUAAGUUAAACAUGACUGUUGUAUUAUAAUUUUACUUUAAUUUGAAUUUUCAGUAAGAUUAUUACACAAUUACUCUAUGAUUUUUGAUUUACAUAUGAUAAUUCAUUUGAUAGAACAAUUUCAUAUAAUGUAUUUUAAUAAUUAAUGAUUGAUGUGAUUUUGUAAUUAACAUUUAGUUCAUCUGUAAGCACCUCUUUGUAAUUUGAGUGAAACUACAAAUUUACAUCUCACUGUUUCAUAGUCAUGAAAAGCUGUCUUAUCUCUUAAAUUGUUCCCCUCUAGGUUGUUUGGUUUGCAGCAUGGUUAGGAGUUGUAUUGCUUGGUAUUGACAUUGGGUUAGGAGUUGGAGUAAUCAUGGCUCUGGUAGUGGUAAUCUGGAAGUCAUCCAGGUUAGAAUAAAAAAUUUUCUGUUUGGAGUGAUUUCUGUAAUCACCCAAAUAAUGUGUGGCUGCAUACUGAAUUUCCAAGAUCUCACUAGUAAUUCUCCUUACUGUCUGCCAUACAAUUCUUAUGAUGUUAGUCUCCCAGAAUUUGAUAUUGGAUCAAAUGAUAAUCCUUAUUCUCAUCACUUACCAGUUUGAUAUUGUUUUGAUAUGGUAAGGAGAAAUUCUGUCUUGAUAACUUAUGGAACUUAUGGGAGUAAAAGGGUUCACACUUACCUUCAUAUACCUUAAUGUGGUGGUUCUAUCAAUUUGUUGGCUCAGUCUUUUCUUUGAAGUGGUUCAUGAAUGCACUGAGACACCCAUUGCUUGAAGCACAGCCUUAAAAAAAACUCUUGCAUAUAAAUGUUGUUGAGUAGUUUCAUCUUUAUGUGUGAACGUUCCAUGUUUGAAAAGUUACGACAACGAUUGCAUGUUGUUGACAUUUGUAGACCUCCUGCUUCACUUCUUGGUCAGAUUCCUAACACCGGAAUUUACAGAGACAUCCAAAGAAUGACUUCGGUAAGCUGGAAACUGACUGCUUUGUGGUUGAAUUUGUUUGUUUUGUAGGGGGAGUGGGGAGGGGGAUAAACGUAGAGUCCGGAAGCGAAGUAUUUUUGCCUCUUUUCAGGUUGUUUGCGAUCUAAGAGAUUUAUAGUUAACUGAUUAUUGACUUUCAUUUUUUUUCCGCAGGCAAAGCCGAUUCCAGGAAUAAAAAUUUUUCGAUUUGAAUCUGCGAUGUUUUACGCCAAUUCAGAAUACUUUCGAAGCACUUUGAUAGAAAUGACUGGAGUUGAUCCACAGAAUCCGAACAAACGCAGCAGGCUUGGUAGCUCAGCAGUGCGUUAUAGGCACAAUGAGGAGGAUACAGGGAGUCCGGCAAUAGAAAUAACAAGGACUGUAACCGUUUCAAUCAAUAGUGCUCUGGAGAAUGGGGUAGAGUUAAUUUUAAGUAUACAUGCAUAUUAUAUAUAAAAGUAAUUAUUGCUUAAUUUGUCUGAGUGACGUUUAUCAUGACAGCCAGCAAUCAAUUGGAGCUCAAAGAAAACACAGGAGAAUUGGCUUAAGCGCGGGAAGACCGGAGUGGCUAAGUUUCGAUUUGUGUCAUACUUAGUUUCUAAAGGAACUGUGGUGCUCUGUCAGUGGGGAGGGGGAAGGGCUAUUACCAGACAGUCUGGUUUUAAAUGUACUCUGGCCACCAUUGAUGGUUUCUGAAGCUGACGUUUCGAGCGUUAGGCUUUCUUCAUUCGCCCUGCCCAAGGGCUAAAAUUAUGAGGAAUGUAUGACGGGCAUUGCGGAAACUAUUGAAAUUUAGAUUGAGUGAGAUGGUUAAUCAUGUCUUUGUAUUUUCAGGAUGUGGAAGUUUCUCUCAGUGAUCUUGGAAAUUACGAAGGUCCCUCAGGAUAUGAUCCAACCCCUGUUCACGCCAUCAUAAUUGACGCCAGUACGUUUAAUUUUAUUGACACCCAAGGUGUGAACACUUUGUUGCAGGUAGGAAAUUGAUGUCGAGGAAGGUGUUCGUUGUGGUCACAAAGAUAGAGCUCUUUGCGAUUGAGUGUCGUAAAACCAAAUCCAAAGUAAUCUCAAUGGCCUGUCAGAAGAAAAGGAAAAUACCCUAAAGAGCCAAUGAGAACUCAAAGAAAAACGAACUAAAUUCCCUCAAGCGCGGGAAGACGCGAGCGACCGAGUCGUGAUUGGUUUUAAUAUUUCAUCUGAUUGGUGGAGAGGAGGCGCGAGUUUUCUGGCCAAUCACAAAGCGAAGUUAAUUAAAACCAAAGCAAUUCCGAAUUACUUUCGACACUGGAUUGAAAACUUAUUCUAAAUGAACGGUUAAUCGUUUGUCUCACGAGGUGGGGAACUUUUGUCUUAGCUUUUGUGAAUUGACCCUUGAUGUAAGGUGUUGCUUUGAAGUCCUUAAAUUGUUAAUAGUCGUGGUAUAAAAGGCAAAGUCUGCAUCUUAGACUGAGUGGCAUAACUGCUGGAAAUCUAUUCGCAGACCUAGUGGAGUGCUUUUGGAUCGACUGCUGCAAAAGAAACUAGGGCCGAGAAAGAGGUUUCACUGAGAGUAAAAUGGGAAUUGAAUGAAAAACAAGCGAAGUGUUUGAAGCGCGGGAAAACAUGAUUGGCCAAGUCGCGAUUGGUUUUAAUUCUUAAUCGGAUUGUUUGAGAAAGUGGCGCGAGUUUUUUGGACCAAUCACAUAACGAGGUACAACCAAAGCAAUUGCGGACUACCCACGACACUCAACCCUAAACUGUUCAGUUCUCUUUGAAAUUAUCUGCCAAAGCACGAGCCAAAUAUGUUAUGCUGAUAUGCUUUUAUUUCAGCUUGGUCUAGAGUAUGAAAAGAUUGGAGUAAAAUUCUACUUGGCGCACUGUCGAUGUAAGUUGAUGUUAAGAAUUAUGAUUGUUCACAGGACUUAAGUGCUUUGUCGCCGUUGUAUUAUGAGGUUAUUCUCCGUUAUUUUAUUUACUUUUUUACUGCAAAUUUUAUGAUGAAAUAAAGAAAGAGAAGCAUGCAAAUUGCCAAACUAAUUUUCAACUGAAGUAGCGAAUCCUGAAAAAAAAAACACUUUCUGCCAUUAUUUUAUAGAUAACAUACGGGAAAUGUUAGAGAAAGCUGGCUUUACGGCGAGAAUAGGAACAGAACAUUUGUUUGUGUCUGUACAUGACGCAGUGAUACACGCUGUUGGAAUUCACUCUGAGGUAAGCUUAAGGAUUUGAAUGAACCCUUCCGUUCUUAGAUCUCACAAGUAAUUCUCGUUACUAUCUACUGUACAAUUCUAAUGAUGAUAGUUUGGAGAAUUUGGUAUUGGAUCAACUAACAAUCCCCUAAUUGUAAGUUACAUUUUUUUUAUUCUCCUUUUUCUCAUCACUUGUCCGCCUGGUAUUGUUUUGAUAUAGUAAGGAGAAAUUCUGUCUCUAUGUAUUUUGCGAGAGUGUUUGUAUUUAAUGGUCAAUUAUGGCGUUAAAUGGCUUUUUUUAAUCACUUUUUAUGAUAACCCUGUUCUGUGGAACCUACAUUAAGCGGUCAUUCCCUGUAGGUGACUGCUUCAUACAGGUUUGACUAUACGUACAUCUUGCUAUGAGCGAAUUCUCCAUGUUUCGGAAAGUUGAGUGCAAUACCUCUGUGAAUGUGAUACCAGGAUGCCUAAGGGUGAGAUAAGGUGAGGAUUUUUAGCAAUAUGCUUGAUCUGGUGUAAGGGUGAAGACUUCUUUCUCGCGAGGGAUUUUUCAUUUGGUUUUUUGUGGUCGUAGGACGCGUCCUAUUCGACUCCUGUGAUGAGUGACACUGAAUCAGCACUUGAGGCUGGACCUUCUAAUCAACAGGUUUGUAAACCUGAUUGA